GAAGUUGAUCUUUCUAAUCUCCAGGGUGCAUCUGAUACAUUGUCCGACCCCAAUCUCAAAAACCCAUUAAGGAAUACGAUACCGGACUGGUCGUCACAAGCUUUAGAUGCAAAGUUAAAUAAUCAGCCUGAUUUUGAUGUAGUGUUGCAAACUCACGACACCACAGGAACAGUAUCUCAGUCAGAACAAGAUGAAGCUUUUCGAGCCACCAGAGACGUUUUGGUUGGUACUGCUGUGCAAAAGAACACCUUGGCCGGCCUAAAUCCAUCUCCAGCCAAUUGGCUGCAGACAACAAAUGGGGAUAUUGACACAAAAAUGAAGGGAGUCGAUGAGGAGCUUAGUCAGGCCAUAGCAGAUGAAGGCGAAACUAAAUUGAAAUUUGAACUUACUCAGAGUAUUAUUAAAAACAGUCAAAAAGCGAUUAAAGAGUGGGAUAAAUUGAAGCAAACCGACGUAUCAGCAACUUCAAGUACAAAAAUUGUUGAAGAGGAGACUGUUGGGACCGGAAAAUCAAAACACUUAGAGGUGACAGUUCACGAAACAGAUAAGGUAUCCAUGAAGGAGGUAUUCAAACUUCUGCAAUUUUAUCCAGAGUUAUAUCCUAGCCAAGGAAACAAACAAACAAGGUUCGAAGUUCCAAUUGGCGGGGAGGAAAGUAAAUUUCGUUUAAGUAAGGCCCCAAGGGGGGUAAACCAGAUAUUGGUCCAUACUAAUGAUGCUGAUUGGCCUGGUACUACGAGAAGGGGCCGCAAAGGAAAAGGUGGAGUCUGGGCACCUGAUUACGACACAAUGGUAGAUGACGUUCUUAAGAGGUUCCCUAACCGUGAUAGGCUGGCGAACGCUAUGCUAGAUUCCGUUGACAACGAUCUUGACAGUCAGCCUGAUUUUUCAAGAAAACUGAAAAUCUCGGGCAAAAGUAAAGAAUCUGCCGACACAAAGCGGGCCACAGUAGAAUUUAUGGUUGUCUCAAUGGUUGCAGAAGCGGCUCAGCCCGCCGAUGAGUUCAAAACCAAGUUUAUAAAGGACCUAGCAAAAACGAUAAGAGACCAGGAAAGUUUUCCAGAAGCUAAAGACAUUCCUAAUCUGGCAAAGCUGAAAGGGAAAAAAUCAGGAAGAAGUCCCGCGAUGGACGAAGUUGUCGAUGGUAUGCUAAGAAACGUCGGACGUAAACGAAAACGCAUAGACGAAGUCUUCAGCAAAGACGAAUUUCCGGUGAGAAAAAGAGGUGGGACGAGGCAAGGGCGCGUUCUGGUACAUAAGCAAGGGAGCGAGACAGUCCCUUCAUAUCUUAUCCGCAAACGUGCCGCUGGAGAUCACGAUGGAGAGGUUAUUGCUAGAAAGGUCGCCAGAUACUGCACAGGGACAAGACGUAGGAGAAAGCGGUUUGCUUGUUCACUAAACGAUAGAGACUCCACUGUUGUCGAUGAGGAUUCUAUCAAAGUUGAUGAAGACAAGGUGGAGUUUGAUGUGGCAGACCGCCGUAAUGCCAAAGAACGAGAACAUAUUCGGUUAGAAGUAAGCCCUGAUGAGUUAGCUACACCCAAGCUGAUCAAGGACAAUCUAUCAAAAUCUCGGAGGACUGGAGCUAGUGAGGCAUACUCAAAGGUCAAUAAAGGUCUAGCUGUUCAUGGUCUGAUAUUUUCCGUUCUCGGCGCUGUUAACUACUUCGAAGAGGGUGACAACCUUCGGGGUGCCAUAUCCGUGGCCCAGUCUGCCCAUACACUAGGGGGACUAACUGGUCUCAAUGAAAUAGUAUCUAAGGUUGGUAAAAGAGUUUUGAGCAGUGCGGCCAAAGGGUUAGCAAAAGGUUUGAAUCUGGAAAAAGGUUUAGAAAGGUUAUCCACCAAACUGGAAAGGUUUGCGGAGAGAGGAGUCGGUGAGCUACUUGGCGACAUACCUGUGGUUGGACUUGCGUUCGAUGUCUACUUCAUUGAACAAGACAUCGAACAGAUUGCUAAUUUAAAUCUUAAUGAUCCAGAAGACCUCAAACUAUUACCACUUCGUGUUAUCGAUUUAGCACUUGAUGUUAGCACUACAGUUCUGAGCUUAGUAGGAACAUUUUGCCCUGAAGCAGAAGUGGUCACAGAGCCUCUAGUCAUUGUCCUUUCAAUAAUACGAAUGGCUAUUGACGACUUUUACAUCGAUAUUAUGGCGGAAAUGGAGAAAAUAAAUUGGAAAAGUCCGUGGGCGGGAUUAGAGUUUCUUGGAGCACUGGUCAAGGGAUUCUUGGAGGGAGCUGUAGAUUUCCUAACAGGUGGCUUAAGAAGACAGAUGGAGAAUUACAGGAAACAGGUAGAAUACGAUAAAAAACUUCUUCGAGACUUGAAGAAUCCUGACAAUUAUUACACAAUAGUUGCAAACAAACAAGGGGGUGGCGGGACAAUCGAUUUCACGUCGGGAAGGCUAUCAAGUUUUGGUGGCUACAUCAACUUUAGGCUUCAUGACAACAAUCGAGCUACUUUAGAAAUCGGAGAUGUCUCUGGCAGCGAGAGUACAAUACGCAAGACAUUUACAGUGGGUUCUAAUCUUAAAGACAUUGUCCUUGGGAUCGGAGAAUCAAGGUCUUUCACCUACAAGCAUGAAACUGCGAAGCUGUGGUUCGUUAUUCCAAUUAAGUCAUACGAUGUAAUAUGUGGAGCAAAUCUCCAUGAGAAGUCUGUUUACGGAACUUAUUAUGGAAACUCUAACAAUAACACAUUUUACGCCGUACAGAAUCCAAAGCCCACAACCAAACCGCCCGGCAAAGAGAACCAAGAUUGUAACUUUGGAAAUCUCAACCUUAAGUUCGUUACAGGAAAUUACCAUUACAAUCUGUAUGGGAGGGGUGGUAGCGACACUUUUUAUCUCGGACCGGAAAUGUCCACUGUCACAGGAGGAUCAGAAAGUGAUCUGUACAUUAUUCAGUCAGAUGGCGGAAAAACCAUAGUAGAUAACUUUGCUGAAGAUAACAAACGCGACAUCAUUGUAAUAAACGUUGCUUUUGAUAGUAUUCAAUGUCAUCAGAGUAGAACCGAUCUUGACGUCUCUUAUUCUAUGAGUCAUCACAUUCGUAUCAAGAACUGGUUUAUUCCUGGAGAUCCCACCUACUACCGCCACGUCUCGUUUCGCAGUCUGGAUGGAGUCAUUUUCGUCCCGAAACAGAUCUUGAAUAGCGAAGAUAUCCAUCCCGUUCGAUGUGUAGCAGUGGCUCUUGACUUCGGCGCAGCAAAGUCAGCUCAAACGGUUUUACUAAAUACUACGAAAUACAGUCAAGUUAAGCAAGUUUCGGGCUCAAAUAGCUCUGAUACCAUCAUCGGUAACGAUGUCAAUAACGUCCUAGAAGGCGGUCGUGGAGCUGAUCAUUUAACUGGAGGUAAAGAUGAAGACACCUACAUCAUCAGAGAAAGCGAAGGAUGCGAUGUUAUCAAUAACAAUGCAGACGACUUCUUAAACACUACUGACAUUGUUGUAUUCGAUGUACCCUUUGAUAGGAUAGAAGUUCAGAUACAAGGCAAUGACCUGUCUGUUACCGAUAGGGACAAUGCGCAAAGCUCAUGCUUUACCAUAACAAAUUGGACCAUAGGAUUCCGAUAUAGACACAUUCUAUUCACGUCUAAAGAUCACGUUGUUUUCAACGUUUCCACAAGCGAAGACGACAGUGUAAUGAAAGUUCCAAUCAUGCUGGAUUACAAAACUUCCCCCUCUGGGGUCUGUGUCGAUUUGUCCGAUUCACCAAGUCCAACCUGUGUCAAACCUGCGGGUUACACCAACAUCGCCACCGUUUCAGAUUCGCCACAUAACGAUCGCGUAGUGGGAAAUGCACAAACCAACUUUUUAAGCUGCACUGGUGGAGAAGAUUUCCUUGAGGGCGGAGAGGGAACGGACAAUUAUGUGGUCAAGAAAACAUGUCAAAAAGCAACGAUCAAUAAUUAUGACGGUCGCAAAAAAGUUGAUUUAGUGUACAUAGAGGAAACGUUUCUGAACUUACAACCGCAGAGGAACAACAAAGACUUAAAGGUACUCUCAAGUCAUGGGACACCAACUGUUGUACUCCGCAACUGGUUUAACUCCUCUUACAACCAACAUCUAGGGAUAAGAACUAUCGAUGGUAUUACACUUAGAAUAGAUAACGCGACUGGAACAUUCGAGCCAUAUGAAGUAUCUAAGGAUCCUGCUGAAUGUCAAUGCACGAACGCCGGCUGUGACCGGGGAAUAAUAGAGUACAAUCUUACCAGUGAUCCUUGGAAACAUUUGGCCCGUUUUGAAUUGAAAUCAAGCCACUGCAGCUACAAAAUUUACGGCAAUGAACUUAACAAUUACCUUGAUCCAGGAGCAGGCAAUGGUUAUAAUUACCAGCACUUGGAAGGAAAGAAUGGAUCAGAUACCUACGUGUUUAAACACGGGUAUGGGGAGUUUAAUGAAAUAAACAAUUAUGCGGAAGACGGCAAGGCAGACGUCCUCCAAAUUGGAACGGACUUUGACGAUAUCCGCGUAUAUUUUCACGGACAAAAUGACGUCAUUCUUGCAUCGAAUACACGCCCCAGUUCACUAAGUGUUUUAAUUCUCAAUUACUUUCGCGGCCGUAAGUAUCAGCAUCUCCAGGUGAUAUCAGAGGACAAGAUUGUCUUUAAUAUUUCCAAAAAUUAUCCUUACAGAGAGAUAAUCGCCGUCGAUCGCAGAAUCAUUGAUUCGCCACAAAACAUCGAUCCGCAAAAGAAUAGCUUAAUCGCCGCAGCCUUAGACUUUAGGGGAUCCCUUACCGCUUCGAACAACCUGACAGGAAGCAACACAACAUUAGAAAUCGAGGGUGGCGCUCAAGACGACAUUCUACGCGGAGGACAACAAGGAACAAUUUUUGAUGGAAAGCAGGGUAAUGAUACGAUUUAUGGUGGUGCUGGUAACGAUAUUAUUUUCGGUGGUGAUGGUGAUGACGUCAUAUUUACUGGUAACGGAGAUGACUACAUUUAUGGGGGGAACGGAGCGGACAACAUAAAUGGCGGAAAUGGCAGUGAUACACUUGCCUUCAAAGGUGAUGGUUUUCUUCGCCAAGGUGUCACUGUUGAUCUAAACAUCGGAUUUGGACAACAGGCUGAUGCAGAGGGAGAUGUCUAUACGAGCAUCGAAAACGUUUACGGUACGAUACACGAUGACUUUUUGAUCGGAUCUGAUUCUGAUAACAAGCUGUACGGUCUUGAAGGAAACGACACACUGGCACCCCUUGGGGGUGCUGACAAACUUGUAGGGGGUGAAGGAGAAGAUUUAUAUCUACUAGAUAAGGCCUCGGGGUUAAAAAUUAUCGAUAACUAUGCAGAUGAUAAAGUUGAAGACACCCUCUCACUGACUCAUUUGAACUCCACUAAUGUGUGCAUCUUUUUAGUUGGCGACGACCUACAUAUACAAGAUAAUACAUCUGACUUGGCUUCUGUACUUUUUCACGGUGAGCUUUUGACAGUUAUAAUAUCAAACUGGAACGUGAAUGAAACUUACAAACACCUUAAAGUCUUAUUUAAUGAUACUAUAUGGGAAAGUUUCGCUUUAUCGGGCAUCGGUACAAUACUGGACAAGUUAGAAGAAAGUGCCAAUUUUAUCGAGAACGGAACGAACCUGGAAGUUGUGACAGUGAGCGGCGACAAUGUAAGCUUAUCAUGGAACCAAAACAGUGAACUUUUGACACAUCCACAGACCGAGCUGUUUCUUGUUCAUUUUAAACAAGACGAACCCACGAGCUUGGAAAAAAUACAGGUGGAGAGUCAAACAUCUUUAACUGUUUCGUCUCUUAAUGCUUCCUCUCACUAUGUUUUCGCUCUCGCAUUAACAAAGUGUAACGGGACAAUCGCUGUAUCCCAUACGCUUAUAACUUACGGACUCCAAAGAUCUUGCCCCACAGCGCAGGUGCCAAACUCGAAUGCUGAGUACACUCCAUCGACUUCUGCUUUAGCACCAGCUCAUGGUACCAUUGCAAGUGUGAACUGUAAUACUGGAUAUAACAUUGAGAGGGACGAAAAUCAACUAAACACGACUUGCUUAGACCAAGAAUGGAUCCCCUCCCUUCCAAUUUGUAAGAGAAUAAAACAAUGCCCUGUCCUUACCAAGCCAACUAACGGAGAGAUUUCAACUAACGGGCAUGAUGAAGGAUCAAAAGCUUACUUUGUCUGUCACAAAGGAUUUGUGCUUAACGGAUCCAGGGAACGCACCUGUGUAGAUGAAUCCUGGGACGGGUCAGAUCCUAAUUGCCUGCCGCUAAGCUGCCCGAGUCCACCACCAAUCAAUAAUGGAUCGUAUGAACCUUGUGAUUACAUAAAGCAUACAAAGACAUACGGCACGAUAAGUACUCCCCUUGAAGGCUAUUGUGUUAAACUUGAAUGUGACAACUUAUACCUACCAAGUCACGUAUUUCAUGGAAAGACGUAUCUUCCUCGAUGGGAAAGUGACUGGGAGAUACCUCAAGGCGGACGGGUGUGCAGCGAUGGAAAAUGGAUUGGGUAUGUGGACGACACCUGCGAGCUCACUAUUAGACUCGUCAAUGUGAAUAACCAGUGGAGUAAAACCAGUGGCUUUCUUCAACUGUGGAAAAAUGGAGUUUGGACGAACCCUACGUCCACCCCAGCACAAAACAUCCUUAAUCUUUCCUGCAAAAGUGCUGGGAUAAAUGAUCCUUCUAAUGUUAGGCACAGUACCAGCAACUCCAGGAUAAGGGUUACAUGCUCUAAGCUACGCUUGACUCAACCGAUGCCAACUAUGUAUGAAGGAAGAGUUGAAGUAUUAACUGAUGAUGGCUGGGAAGGAGUAUGCGUCACGGAAACAGGGGCAGCGGCAAAGACCGCGAGCAGGGAAAUUUGCGAGGAACUUGGCUUUAACUUCAAAACCGCAGUUGUGAGCAUCAGCACUGGCUGGACAGACCAUAGACUCCAAUGUUCAGCGUAAGUAAAAAUAGACUGGGACCCCUAGUUAUAAUAGUCGCCAGAGGAACACACAAGAGUGGCCAAAAGAUGCAUAUUAUAAUGGUGUUCAUAUUAUCAGAGCUCGCUUCAUGAUAAACGCGACAGACAUAUCUCUUAUUGUUACCAAAAUAUAGGAUACAAACUAAAUGCAACAAAGAUAUGUGUAAUUUCUCAAUCUUAAAACUGUAGAACCCAUACUACCACAAGUUAGUAUCAUGAUUCCCAUACUGCUACACUCCAGUCAUCGGGGAACUUGGUUUACGCAAGUUAAGCAGGCCCUUUAACGUCUGAAAGGCUCAAAAUCUGUUAGAAAGCCAGUUUUAUUAAACACGGGACACUUAUUAUUUAGGUAUUCAUAAUAGUCUCGAUAGUAGUUUGUAGAAACCGAGAUAGAGCCUCUAAUAACUAAAUUAUCCUUUUAUGUUUUUUUAAGAACGUCCCGAGAUUUUGUCGUGGUAAACGGUAAAAGGUGAGUAAUCUGCUUAUCCAUCUUUACCUUAAUUUUUUAUAUUGGGUUUUAAAGUCCUCUGCUUUGAGAAACGAUUGAAAUCCCUUAAUGACAAACUAGUGAAUGUAUUGAGGCAUCUGUGAUGAUAUAUAAAGCUAUUAAUAUGGUUUUUUAGGUCUGCCAACUAAUUUGAACUAAGAACCGACGGUUGGCCAGGCUAGGAAGACAUGAUUUAUUUUUUGCAUCCACUUUGGGUUGUGUGAUUACAUUCAUUAACAAUAUACUUUUAUUUCCUGUUUUUAUUCAUUUAUUUAUGGUUUGUUGCAGACAAUUGAUAUAUCGCCCGGUUGUUAAUAGGUAGGUGAUGUAAUCUUGCAGUUUGUACUUUAGAAACCACUUAAUAGGUUCUCACAAUUCCCAAGACGACAUCCAGAACACAACAGUAUCUGCAAAUUCCAGGCAAACAUCUUAAAGAGGUCUAGAAAUACCCGAAUAUAUCCACUCAUGUGACAGGAACUACGCUUAUUUAUUGUAACAAAAGAAAGAGUUCACAUAAGAAAAGAGUUCAACUCCCACAGGACUCACAGUAUUUGCCCUGGCGAAAAUGAGCGCACUUCAUAGCUGGCCUCAGGUUUGCUUGUCAGGAGACUAUUUCGAAAGCUGAUAAGGCGGAUACUCUGUAAAGAAAUAUAAAAAAAGUGUCAAAGGUUUUCAAAAAAGGACCUGGAAAUACCCGACUAUUUCGAACUACAGAUGUAAUGAAGGACUCUACAUUUUACUUUUUGUUAUAGCGGAAACAGCAGGUGUAGUUUGCAGGCGCACAGACAAAAUUGUGGUAAAAUGGUACGAUGCAGACAGAGGUGUACUAACAAUUAUCCAGUUCCUCAUGGCUAUCCAGAUUGCAGAGGAAAAUAUGAAGACGACACAUGCACAGUUCAUUGUAACAAUGAUUACAAACGCUUUGGAGACUCUAAAGUUUAUUGCAAAGGAGGAGUCUGGACAAGGCAAAAUGGGCAAGCUGCCUCAUCAAACUGCAAAUAUAUACGUGAGUACCAUAAGGGCAUAUUAGGCAUUUUGAAUAUUGUGUAGCGGAAUGAAAUUCGUCUUAAUAAAACUAAUUCACAUAGGUCAAAGAAGAACGCAUAACCUGCUUCGUCUCACUGCGAAGUUAUAGGUGCGUGUUAAUUUACUUGUUGAUUAUCGCAAAAUUUGGUUGUUCAAACGUUGGAUAGCCGCUUUUAAAAGCGGAUAAAUUAUGAUCCAGCGGACAUGUUCUCGUGACUAAUUGCCACUGGACAGAGAAUUAUUCACCUUUUGAACAAUGACUGGGACCAGACGAAUUUCGUUAGAUCAUUUCAAGGACAUGGCCUUUAUCAAAAAAAACCAAUACCGAAUUUCAAUGGCGUCCGUCGAAAAACGAUAUAUAUACUCUUAAUAAACUAUUCUUUUAGCCGAACGGUGACAACGUGUUUUGGUAUAGAGGUCUUAACUUUAUUAAGCCACGGCAAAUUCCUACUGAUCGUUUGGAAGGCAUAAUAGGUUUGAUACGUCCUUGGGAAAAAGCCACACACCAAAGAAAUAUUUACCAUAGGAACUUGCCAUUGAGUGAACCCAAGGGAAAAUAGAGUGUUUUCACUGACAUCACGGCGGCCAUAUUGGCGUCCCAAAACAAUGAAACGGCGACCAUGUUGGUGUCCCAAACCAGUCCUUUGGGAUUUGAAUUCUUUUCUUAUGGAAACGCUUUCUUUUUUUCCAAUAAAUUUGCAUAGAUGCUGGCCAAGUGAGUGAAAGCACUCUAUAGGUAGAGAGACGAUAAACACAGGAAAAUGGGAUAUCCCUAUGGGGACAAAAAGCUUGCUGCAAAUAAGUUAUGACUUGAACUCAUCUCUCCCAAAAAGUACCUGAGAGUUAAACGCCUUAACUCUGAAGGGUGCUAUGUAAUUCACGACGAUACCUUGAUCAUGUCUAUCCAAUCAUUUUUUUUUUUCAGCGACACUCGCCGGGGACGAUGUCGCGAGGCUUGUGAGGGAUAACAGCGGAAAAAGCAUCAACAGCAUGGCAGUAUUUUUAAGAAAUCACUUGGUCAAUACUUAUCCUACCCAAUAUUGGGUAGUUACCGUUUAUAGAGAUGUUACUGGUUAUGAUAAGCACGCUUUCUAUGCUUAUGAUCGAAAUCGUGUUAGCUAUAAGUUUAGACAUCAUGGUUUUAACUAUGUUGUCACUCGGUAUCCUAAACAUUCCGCUCGCCGUCCCAGUGUAUCAAUCAGCAGCGUAGUUGGCUCAAUAACUGGAGAUGACGCUAAAAGAGUUCGUGAUAGCAUUAAGAGUAAGUUUGAAGCACGUGGUCUAACGUAUACCACCAUACACGUGGUGAAAAGGAGAUGGAAAGGGUGGUGGUGGGAUACAUACGGAAUGACUCUAACCACAGCAUAUAAUAUACUUAGCAGGAACUAUUUCUGGAGAGAGUUCUCGAAUGUAAUAGUCAUUGUUGUAGCUCCUUAUUAA